GAACAGUUCCUGCUCAGUGAAGUACAGGGAUAAACAAAGUCACGGGAGUUUUGCUUGUCAUCUGCAAACAAUUACACACUCCGGUCUCCACUUUGAACGUUUUCUCAACUGGAAUCUCAAGUCUCAGUGUUCCAAAUCAGAUAAUGACAUGAGAAAAUCAUGGCUUCAGUGGGUGUACCUGCUCUCCUGAUGUUGGCAGCUCUGUGGCUGCUGCUGCUCAUUUUGCCCCCAUCCCUCUGUGCGUGUCCGAGGUCCUGCAGCUGCCCCAACCCUAAGGAAGUCCACUGCACCUUCCGCCACCUCCCUUCUGCCCCACGCAACCUGCCCCAAGACACUGAAAGGCUCAACCUAGGCUAUAACAGCAUUGGGACUGUUGGGUCUUCAGAUUUUGCAAACCUACGGCAAUUGGAAAUGCUCAUGCUCCAUGGAAAUGAAAUCACCUCCGUGUCUCCUGGAUCCUUUUACCAUCUCCGUUCCCUUCAGAUACUGAAGUUGAGCUACAACAAAAUCAAAAGAGUUGACCCCAGCCUGUUAGAGGGCUUGACAAGCCUUGUAAGGCUUCAUCUGGACCACAACCUCAUUGAUUUCAUUGAGCCCUUUUCCUUUAAUGGACUUAUAUCAUUGAAACUAUUGCAACUGGAGGGGAAUCAGCUGAGGGAUGUGCACCCACACACAUUCAUUACUGUCUCAGUCCUGGGUACAUUCUGGAGCUCAGGCCUGCGGCACCUGCACCUGGCAGACAACCAACUGGAAUACCUGCUGCCUGGCACUCUAGAGCCCUUAGACAAGUUAGAAGUCCUCUCCCUGCAUGGAAACCCCUGGAUCUGUGACUGCCACUUGCACUGGCUCUUGGAGUGGGACAAAAAUCAUGAGGGAGUUAUUAAGUGCAAAAAAGACCGUGGCAACUGUGUCUUAUGUUCCUCACCUCAGCCCCUGAACAACAGUCUGAUCUUCCAGCUUUCAACCAACCAGCUCACUUGUGACCGACCCUCCAUCCAGUCCCCACUGAAAAUCGGGGAGGGUGGCAUCUGGGAAGACCAGGAACCAGAUGUCCCCUACAUCAAGGACCUACAGCGUCCUCUUGGCCAUCUGACCUUCGUUCUGUCCGAUAGCCAUGGGAAUCGUGCCCAUGUGGCUUGUGAUGUAACUCAUCCUGUUGAAGGUACCUCUAUGGUGUGGGAGCCUGUGAGGCGAUCAGAUGAGAUUACUGUCAACGUAACCCUGCGGACAUUGCUUGAGUGUGAGAUCGACAGGGAUGCUCUUCAGAACCUCUGGAGGUUGGUCGCCUACUACUAUGAGAGCCCAGCCAUUUUGGAGCGAGGAACCAUACUUGGGAAUUCUUCCCAAGUGACUUUUCAGUACUCUCAAGCCACAAGUGAGGAAUCACCAUAUUUUACAGAGCUCAAAGGACACUUAAUGGCUAAACCGUAUUGGCUUUUGCAACCUAGGGUCAACCUUCAGCUUAACAGACGCAAAACCACAACUAAAAAACUGGUUAUGAACUUUUCCACUUUUAUAUCAAAGAACAUCAUUGGAAGGGGGAUCAAAGAGGAUAUAGUCUCCUCUUGGGCUAUAAUCCAAAGAGGAGCCCCGGGGAGAAUCAAAUCCAUACUAGAGCACUCUGAGGUCAGUUUGGACUGUAGUGUGCUCAGUUCAGGGCAUCAGCUUGUGGAGUGGAUGCUUCCAGACUUAACAACAUUGGAUCAAACUGAUUCCUAUAAACUAAGGUUGGAGAAUAACAGAUUAGUCAUCAAAAACACAAGCAUUGAAGACUCUGGACUUUAUCAUUGCUAUGUGAGGACUGACACCAGUGUAGACAUAGUCUCCUUUAGACUCACAGUCAGGGUGCGUCUCUUAAGUCCCAGUGAUUUAAAUGGAAAGAAGAUGUCUGUGGAGAAUGGGGACUCUCUUAGUCUUCCUUGUUUAGUAACUUCCCCACAUCCAAUGGAGACAAGAUGGUACUUACCAAACCAUCAGAUUCUCAAAGCUUCGAGCAUGAAAGGCAGGGUUUACGUAUCACAAAAUAACACUUUGAUAAUCAAAAAAGUGACUUAUGAGGAUGCUGGAGAGUACAGCUGUUUGGCAGCUAACCUUUAUGGGGUAGACAUGUUGUCUCAUCUAGUUGUUGUUACUGGUGAAAAGGAAGAAGCUCAUAGAGGUGUUACACUGUCUGAAGACGAAUCACUCCUUUUUGAGGGCGAGGACAACGAAGGGUCAGGGUACAAAGAAAUCAAACGACCAACUGCUAAACUCACUCCUCAAAGGGUGGACGGAAAACACAGAGGUGGUAUUUUUCGAACAAAUGCAAAUGGAAAGAAAAUCAAGGAGAGUGUGAGAAAACCUAACAACUCCGUCAAAGAGCUCGACCCCAGCCGUUGGGAACAGAUUCUUGCAAGAGCUAAUGCUAGAGUCUUGAUCACCUCACCAGUUCAUCUAGAAAUGACAACAACAUUAAAAACAGUGCCAAAGCCUACAGUGAUUACAACCAAAGCCCCUUCUAUGUUUGAUGUCUCUCCAACAACAAAAACAGAUGUUGCGGCUAGCAGUGCCAGCACAAGUUCAAGUGUGCAGCAUUUCAAUGCGAAACAGCUGGAAAUGCCCACCAACAGAGAGCAUGUAAAACAAGAUACAAUUCAGGGAAAACUAUCAAAACACAAGACCAGUGAUUCUAACGUUUCAGAUUUGACUUUAGUGCACAUAGACGCGAUAACAGCACCUGAGCAUGAAACGCAACUGGUUAAACAGGUAGACAAACACACAAUAGAACAGAAAAUAAGGGCUAACAGUAGUUCCAUUUGGAACCAAAGGCGAAGAUUCCCAUUUAGGCAACGUAGGCCUCCAUCACGUAGGUUACGCCCAAAGAGACCGUAUUUCACCCCAGCUCCCAAUUUAGCAGUGCAAUUCACUCAGUCACCACUUAGAAUAUCAAUUCCUGAAAACAGUGCAGUGAUGACCAGUGACUCUUAUACUUCAAACCAAAACAAUCAAGCCACAGCAUCGAUGACAUUACCAGAAGAAAUUUCUAACACACAAAACCCAGUGACUGAAAGCUUAGCUGAACAAGUCACAGAGGAUCCAGAAUUCCCUAAAACCACAUUCAGAAAAGAGAAGAAGCCAAUUGAAAUAAUUACAACACCUCUAGUAACCGAAUUAUCUCCAACAACACUUGGCCCCGGACCUAACAGGUAUGAAAAUGAGAACAGAGAGUCACUUUUGAGAACUAAUAGUCAGACAUUAGAAGACAAAACAAGACAGAUAACAGCAACAAAAAUACCCAAUGUUCAAACCAGCAACAUAAAUCCUCCAGUGACACAAAGAAAACCUAUGACUGAAAAACCAACCUUAACUAAUGUAGAAAGACAGAGAGCCUAUAGCUGGGGAAUACCACCUGAGAUUGAAGCUGUGCCUCUCCACCCUUGGCUAAUCCAAAAGAAUACACAAAAGAAACAAAUCUUAAUUACACCACGUCCAUACACUCAGUCUCCUGUUUGGGUCAGCAACCAUGGCAUUCCAGUCUGGCCCACAGUUCAUAAUUCACGACACCACCCCUCCCGAGACAAAACGUGGUAUUUCCUCCAAACAGGAGGCAGGGGUCCAGGGGUCACCAAUCGGCCUGAAAUCACCGCUGAGACAGUGAAGCCCACAGCUUACAUUUCUGGGUCAGCCACAGCUUCCUUUCAAAGGACCAUAGCUCCACAUGUCAGCUCCUUGUCUCAUGUACGAGACCACUUGCUCUUCAACAGGCUCAGAAACAGAUAUAGACAAUCACAGCUUGAUGCAUAUCGACUUGCCCAGAUGGGCAAGCAUGUCACUGUUAAAACAAGGACAUAUCAGCCCACCCCUCAGCCUCACCAAGUACCAAACUUCCCCAACAUCUACAAGCAUGUGACUCCCCCAACCGUCCUAGCAUACACAAACAAACCACCCAUCACAGUUAGUGUGCCAUUUGGUAGUCGCUGGCAUUACAGUCAUUUUGGAGCAAAGAAAUUGAGCACUGCUAUUCCCUUUCCAAGCCUAAUGGGCAGUGGAGUCAAACCCAGAAUCAUAACAACUGAAUCUGUCACUGUAUCUGCUUUAGCAGAAGCCGAUGUACUUUUGUCCUGUAGAUCAUCUGGGGACCCCAAACCUGUUGUUUCAUGGACCAAAGUUUCUACAGGUGCAACAAUUCAGACCAACACAAAACAUGGACAAAGAUUUGAGGUCCUUUCCAAUGGUACUUUUGUGAUUAAGAAUAUCCAGUUGCAAGACCGUGGCCAGUACCUGUGCACAGCACAAAACAAAUUUGGCUCAGACCGCAUGAUAGUUACCCUCGUUGUGCAAACUCAGCCUCCAAAAAUCAUCAGCUCAAAGGCGAGAGAUGUCUCUGCAUUUUUGGGAAAACCAGUCAGCUUGGACUGCAUUGCCGUGGGUAAACCUGAAGCUCAGAUUUCAUGGAUACUUCCAGACAGGACAUUUGUGCGAGAUGUUGGUACCCUUGACCGAAGAGUAUCCUUAUUUCCAAAUGGAACACUGAGUAUUCACUCAGCAAACUUUUCCAAUAAAGGUGAUUAUAAGUGUAUUGCGAGCAAUGCAGCAGGGGCUGACACACUAAAGUACCACGUUCACGUUGCAGCUCUACCUCCGACAAUUGCAGAGGUUGCAUCUGAGAGUACAUUUAUGAAUGUUGGAAGAACAAUAUAUGUGCAUUGCACAGCUAAAGGAGAGCCAUUUCCUCUUAUUAAGUGGGUUCUACCUGAUGGUUCUCAAAUGAAGCCUACACAGUUCAUUGGAAGACGGUUAUUUAUUUUCCCAAAUGGAACGCUUUAUAUAAAGAACGUCACUCCCAAUGAUUCAGGGAGGUAUGAGUGUUUGGCAACCAACCCAUUUGGCUUUGCUAAAAGAACAUUCCAGAUGGAUGUUAGGCAAGAGGCUCCAGGUCCCUGGAAAGGCCUGUACCAGCAUCACAGUGUCACAGCAACAUAUGGAUCCACAGUUUUUCUGCACUGUCCAGAGUCCAUAGGCUCCCAAAGAGGCACAGUUUGGAGACUGCCAUCUAAAAUUCUGCUUGAACAUCACUACAGUCCACAAAGACACAUCACUGCUUUCCCCAACGGGACUCUGAGAAUUCUCAGACUGACUGAGAAAGAUGGAGGCAAUUAUCUGUGUAUGUACCAAAGACCAAAUGGUGAGGACAUGGAGCUAUUCCAAGUAGAGGUCCUCAUGAGGCCACCAAAGAUAGAGAACAUUGGGGCACAAAAUAAGAGAGUUGCUAAUGGAGAAAACUUCCUGGUGGACUGUGUAGCUUCUGGCUUUCCAGACCCUGAGGUAUCAUGGAGCCUCCCAGAUGGCACCAUGAUCAACAAUGCCCUCCAGUCAGAUGACAGCGGAACACGUAAUCAACGCUACAUCAUCUUUGACAAUGGAACUCUUUUGUUGCAUCAAAUGGGAAAGAAUGAUGAGGGCAAUUACACAUGCUAUGCUAAGAACAACCUUGGGGAGGAUGCAAUGAAAAUAAGCGUACAAGUGGUCCCAAACUCACCCCAAUUAGACCAGGUAUCCAUGUGGGCAUCUUUUGGUCAAUCAGCCCAGAUGAAGUGUGAUGCUACAGGCGUACCGCUACCUACAAUCAUCUGGAUCUCACCAAGGAAUGAGAUAAUAACUGGAUCUUCGGUCAAAUAUCAAAUACUGAAUGAUGGGACUCUGAUCAUUAACAAAUUGACUUUGGCUGACCAGGGGAAGUAUGCCUGUGUGGCACGGAACCCAGCUGGGGAUCGCAUUAGAAAUGUGAAACUUAUAGUUGAGGUUAAAGAGCCGAAUAUCAAUGGAAAAAAUGGACAAACUGAGAAGAAAUUGUUAGCAGUGUAUUACCAGACCCUACUGCUGGACUGCAAAGCAGAGGGUACGCCUGAGCCCCAGAUCACCUGGACAACACCCUAUGGCAUGUCUUUGCCCACACCAUAUUUGGGAGGCAGGUUCCAAGUCCACAGGAAUGGAAGUCUAGAGUUGAGGGGCAUCCGGAAGACCGAUGAAGGUCGGUUUCUGUGCAUAGCCAAAAAUUACUUGGGGGAAGCAAGUCUGGCCAUUGACCUGGAAGUUGCAUCACUUUCUGAGAAGCCAAGCUUUCCCAUGCCAAACAUUGAGGUUCUCCCUCUCAAAGCAGAUGGUGAAGACAUCACUUUGGAGUGUCGAGCUACUGGAAAACCAAAGCCAGAGUUUCUUUGGAUUCUACCCAAUGGAACAGCGCUGAAUCCAGGUAUGAAACUCCAGCGGUUUACUCACUACCUGGAAAAUGGGACUUUACGUAUUAUGCAGCCAGUUGUUGUUGACAAAGGCGUAUACCGUUGUCUGGCCAAAAAUGUAGCUGGACAAGCAGAGAAGCGCUAUGCUUUAGAACAUGGACAAAAGCCUCAAAUUAGAAAUUCAGCAGCUACUAUGAAGAUUUCACUCGGACGGACUCUAAAUAUGCCAUGCACUGUGGAUGGCUGGCCUCAAGUAACAAUUACCUGGACUCUUCCAAACGGCCUGGUAUUGGACAAGCCUCAGGUUAUUGGAAAAGUAACGUAUUUAUCUAAUGGUACACUUCAGGUACGAGAAACUAGCAAAUCUGAUAGAGGAACGUAUACCUGCAAAGCAACAAACACAUUUGGAUCUUCAACAUUGUCAUAUCCUGUAAGUAUUAUGGUGUUUCCACCUCAAAUCACUCAUGCACCACCUUCAAUGACCAGAGUUAACAAGGGCUCACCUGUGAUUCUAAACUGUAUAGCUGCUGGCAUACCCAAACCAGAAAUUUCUUGGACUCUUCCUGGACGUACUACACUUGUGCCCAAUAAUCGCUUCACAGUGCAGGGUGGAAUUCACAUGACUGAGGAGGGCAAUUUGGUCAUCCAGGACCCAAGCCUCAUGAACUCAGGGAUUUAUAAAUGUAAUGCCAGAAAUGCCUUGGGAACAGACUUCAAAGCAACAUAUCUUCAAGUGAUUUGAACAAUAAACAGAAAUCCAUUAGGUAACGUAGAAUAUAGCUUUGCAAUUAACAAAAAUGAAUGGUCACUUCACCUUUCCCGAAAACUAUAAAAGAAAAAAUAAGUGCAUCUAAAGCACUUUUAUUAACCAAAGAAAUGUUGUUAAAGGGCAUUCGAAUUUUCCUAAAUGUUUUUUUUUUUUUUUUUAACAGCCAUGGGCUUGUAACUUUGGAAUUGCCCAUCCAAUGUGCCCAAGGCACAAUGAUUUCUUUGUCAUUAUGUAUUUAAUUUAUGAAAAUUUUGGCUUGUACAUAUUUAAAUAUUACACAGAUUAAAACGGAAUCAUUUUUACAUACUUAUUUCUUACAUAGAUUGCACAAAAACAUUCCAGAGUGGUUUAUAUCCUCAUAAACUAGUGUAUGUCUUCAUGUUUGUCUGAUAAGUUCUGCCAGAUUUUAUGCAUUUUCAGUCCGGUAAAACAAAAUGGCCUUUCACUGUCCGAGUAGAACGAGGCCUUGUAUGGUACAAAUGUUGGCAUUGAUGUGGUAGCUGUACAACAAAUAAGACACAACAAGAAACCAGUUAUGUUAGCUACUUGCUGUACUGCCACACUGGGCAAUUAAAUAAUAAUAAUAUUUGAUUUAUGAUUUAUGAUUUUUGUUUCAAGUCAUUAAUAUAGAAAAUACUAUUCUAAAAAUGUCAAAUAACAACUGCACAAUACUGUGAAGUAAAAUAAAGUGGACUAUACAUUAGGCUACUAUUUUAAAUGUAAUAAACCUCAGAGUUGAAUCAAGAAAUAGAAGUAAAAAGUAUACUAUAUCACUAUCUUAAAUUUAAUUAUCUGUGCAUUUUUGCAUUCCCACAGGAAAGAAAAUGAGAUGUCUUUAAUAUCUCAAUUAUUUCUCCUAGAAUGCAAUGAGAUUAAAUAGAAAGCAAUGGAGGGUUAAGACUGCUGCUUCUCAGAAUUUUCUCUUGAGAAAAAUACCCCAUUAAUCUCACUCCGUAGUCUUUCAAAAGAAGUUUCAACAAUGUCACAAACUGUGAUUUGUGAGGUUUUGAGGUUACAGUAAGGCACUUACAAUGGAAGUGAAUGGGGCCAGGCAAUAAACUAAAAUACACACUGUUUCAAAAGUAUAGCUACAAGAUGUAAAAAAUAUGUGAACAUCAUUUAAGUGUGAUUAAAUCAGGGACUUAGUUACUGGCGUAACAAUGUUUACCAGAUUGCAAGGUUUACUGGUGUUACGUCAUCAUGGCAACAAAGUUGUAAUUUUCGUUAGAAUUAUAAUUCUCAUAUAAGGUUUGUAAGCGAUUUUGUCACACUAAAAUCAUGUUAACACAUAUAAUGUUUACGUCUUGUGGCUACAUUUUUGAAACAGUGUAUAAAAUGUUUAUGGACUGGCCAUUCACUUCCAUUGUAAGUACGUUACUUUAACAGCAAUUUUUGCUCUCUUUUUUUUUUUUUUAUAAACGAGGGACGGGUUGAAAUUUAAUUUUGUCGUAAUCAUCAUUAUUUCAUAAACAUUGUUGAUUGAACCCGGAACAUUCCUUUAAAGUUUACCAAUGUACCCUCAUGUUGUCACACUUAAAGCUGAAGUAUGUCAUUUCUGCGCCACCAAACGGAAUUGCAAAAGUAAACUUUGUUUUCAAAACAGCUUUCUGAAUACGCCCACCGUCUGGCGUUGGUCAAACAAUGAGAUAGUCCCACCCCCAACUCACACUAUUGGUUCAGUAACGUUGUUAGGGCGGGUCUAAGCAGGUCUCUCAAAUCAAACAGAGGAAUUUUCAAAGCGCCACAGAGACACAGUGCUUACAGUUUUCGAGAAAAUGAACCUGUGAAUGGCUUACUAAUAGUUGUCUCUGCAUAUUUAGCUGGAAUAGGAGAAACUGUUUUAACGUAGAAAAAGUUACAUACUUUAGCUUUAACAUAUAGUCAACUGGCUCCCUAAAGCAGAGAGACUGUGCUCUCACUGUGAUUAAGAAGUAGUUGAAACUGAGCAGCAUUUCCUGACCCAGUGCACAAACUAGCAAAACAUUCGGCAUGAAUACUUUCCAAAAAUUACUAAAAUCUUCACUGAUUUCCAGAAUUACAGCAAUAUAGAUAAACUGCCCCUACUAUUGUGAGAGAAUGAGAAAUGCUGCAGGGUGACACCCAAAUAUGUGUCCGCCUGCCACAACCAAAAAAACCCUUGUUCCACAUGACCUUUUGUUAAUUCAAUCUAAAUAUUUUAUUUCCUACUUAACGAUAUUUAUUACUUUUAUUAUUACCAGUUCAAUUAAUACUGUCUUAAUUAACAUUGUUCCAUUGAUUCUGACUUUUAUGUCACAUUGGAAAGUUUGAUUCACUGUUAUAAAAAUCAGCAGCUUUGGCAAUAUUGUAUGUACUACAGUCAUGCCAAUAAAGCUCACUGAAUUGAACUGAAUAUUAUAUACUUUCAGUUGCAAUAAA